AGAGGGAUGGAGGCGGCGGCCGAAGCGGACGGCCCCGGAGGGGACUUCGCCGUGCCCGGCUCGCCCCGCAGCUCCCCGGCCGUGCCCGGCCCCACCCGCCUGCGCGCCUUCCUGUGGUGCCGGGAGUUCCUGGGCGGGGCCUGGCGCCGACUGCCCGCCCCCGAACACCUCGCCAUCGCCCCCGUCAGCGGAGGGCUGAGUAAUCUCCUAUACAAAUGCACCCUGCCGGAUCACAUUGUGACUGCGGAGGACGAGCCGCGGCAGGUUCUGCUGCGUGUCUACGGGGUCAUCCUCCAGGGCGUUGACUCGCUGGUUCUGGAGAGUGUCAUGUUUGCCAUCCUGGCGGAGCGGUCUCUGGGGCCACGUCUCUAUGGCAUCUUCCCACAAGGGCGCCUGGAGGAGUACAUCCCGAGUCGCCGCCUACUCACUGAGGACUUGCCAGACCCCAGCAUCUCAGGGGAGAUUGCUGUGAAGAUGGCACGUUUCCAUGGCAUGGUUAUGCCUUUCAACAAGGAACCAAAGUGGAUGUUUGGGACCAUGGAGAGAUACUUGAAGCAGAUCUCCGAACUCACCUUCCCCCAGGAGCCUCAGCUGAAGAAGCUCAACAAGCUCAAGGCCUACAAUCUGGAGGCGGAAAUGCGCAGCCUCAGGGCUCUCCUGGAGGCCACUUCCUCCCCAGUGGUUUUCUGCCACAACGACGUGCAAGAAGGGAAUAUUCUGCUCCUGGCUGGGCGCGAGGACCUCUCCUCCGACCGCCUCAUGCUGAUUGACUUCGAGUACAGCAGCUACAACUACAGGGGUUUCGACAUCGCCAAUCACUUCUGUGAAUGGGUCUACAACUACUCGCAUGACCAGUGGCCUUUCUACAAGGCCAGCCAGGAAAACUACCCCAGCCGCCCCCAGCAGCUGCACUUCAUCCGGAGCUACCUGUCGGAGGCCAAUGGGAAAAGCGUCCCCCCCUCCCCAGAAGAGCAGGAGCACCUCGAGGCGGAGAUGCUGCUGGAGAUUAGCAGGUUCACGCUGGCCUCCCACUUCUUCUGGGGCCUGUGGUCCAUUGUGCAGGCCAAGAUCUCAACCAUCGAGUUUGGCUACCUGGAGUAUGCGCAGUGCCGCUUUGAGGCCUACUUCCAGCAGAAGGCGCUGUGUGAGUGACCCCUCCCUUCCCCAGCAGGGCCUCCUCGUCCUCUCUGGGUUGGCCGGCUGGUGGAAUCGCCUGCACCGUGGACCUCAAGGGACAUCAGCGUGGACCAAUCGCCUUGAAGGCAGCCCGGCUG